CAGACUGGAGUUUUCAUCAAAUAUCUUAAAAAAAUGUCAAAUUUUGAGCGGUUUCACUUCAACUUUUACCAGUCCAAUUAUACCAUAGAUGACCAGGAAGAAGGUUACAACAGCUAUGGGUCUAACGAAAACCUCUGUGGAAGCAGAAAGAGCCAGCCAGGAGAGCAACCUCCACCUGGUGCUUUUGCCCCAUCAGAAAUGUUUCUGUCUUCUCAGAGAUACACGGGGCAGAUUUUGCAGCCAACAUACAGUCCCGACACUCUCUCUCAUCUUAGUUACACUGAUGGAUUUGACGAGGAACCUCCUUUGCUAGAAGAACUUGGGAUCAAUUUUGAGCAUAUAUGGCAAAAAACAUUAACAGUUCUAAAUCCAAUGAAGCCUGCAGACGGCAGUAUUAUGAAUGAGACAGAUCUCACCGGACCUAUGGUUUUCUGCUUGGCCCUUGGAGCAACGUUGCUGCUGGCAGGAAAAGUUCAUUUUGGCUAUGUAUAUGGCAUGAGUGCCAUUGGGUGCCUUGCUAUGCAUGCCCUACUGAACCUGAUGAGCGUCCCAGGAGUCUCGCAUGGCUGCGUUGCAAGUGUCUUGGGCUACUGCCUGCUGCCCAUGGUGAUCCUGUCCUCUUCUGCAGUUGUCUUCUCACUACAGGGGAUCCUGGGAACUUUGUUAGCUGUCUUUAUUAUUGGGUGGUGCAGUUUGUCAGCCUCCAAAAUUUUUACCUCUGCGUUGGCUAUGGAAGGACAGCAGCUUCUUAUUGCGUACCCGUGUGCUUUACUUUAUGGACUUUUUGCACUUCUAACAGUUUUCUGA